AGUAGCUUAUAGCAACACCUUCACCACCGCGCGGUGGUGCUCAUAAAUAAAUAAAUAAAUAAAUAAAAAUGGAGGUACAUUUGCGGGACCUGUUCGCCAGAUUCGAAGACCAGUUCGGCUCCGGCCCCGGCCUCGGUCCUAGCUCCGGUACAUCCCUCCUCCUUCUCGACUCCCUCCCUUCUCCAUUCAUCAAACACCUCUUCCGCUCCUCCGCCGCCCUCUUCCGCACCGACCCCUGGAAACGCCUCCGCCCUUCCCACCUCCUCGGCCUCCGCGUCGGCAAAGACUCUGACUGGUCCUCCAACAGACAACCAUUCCCCUGCGCUCAGUUCAUCGGCGCUGAUGGCGGUGACCUCGCUCUCCACCUCUUCAAGUCUGAAUCCGACGCCCUCAAGAUGACCGGCCUUCGCGAGACCAUCCGUGCCCCCAAUACUGAGCUCCUCCGUGUCGUCUUCGUCUCUGAACCUCUCCUCUCCUCCGCCGACAAGCGUAUGGUUAGAUCCUUAUCCCUCGAACCCUCCGGUCUCGAUCGGUUUCCUGUCUUCGACGUCGCGCGCUGCACCUCCACUGGAUCUCUGCGAUUUCGCAAUCCGACGUUGGAGGAGCUCCGGUAUGUCUACGCCUUCAUGAAAGCCAUCGCCUUGCUGCAUCCCCUCCUCCAGCCAGCCAAAGACCCCGCGCCGAAGCGCGGGAGAGUGAUCCGCUUCGAGCCAUUCAUCGAGACGGUGGACGUGCAGUGGCCGCAGGAAGUCUCCCGUGGUAGCGAUCUCGUUGCCGUCACUGUCUCCCAUCCUCCCGGUCAAGCUUAUGAAGAGAAGAAGCUCAGUUCCAACUCCCCCAAAUUCAUUGCAGAGCCUCCAAUAGAGGAUUCAAUGAAGAAAGUCAUAGUUGCAAAGAAUUGGAGCAUAAUGAGGCAAUGCAUGAUGUGCGAGAAGGAAGUGCCCAGCGAGCAGUGUUUGUGCUGCGGCCGGUGCCGCGCCGCCGUCUACUGUGGCCCUGUUUGCCAGAAACAACACUGGAAGGAUGAACACAAGAGCAUUUGUGGAGUUUUCAAGGCCAUGAUGGAGAGGGAGGAAGAGUUAACUCUCAAGGUAUUCACUUUCCCUUGUUUCGUAGAGCAUCCUUGCAAAUGGCUUGAUCUCAUGGGGCUUCAUCAGAAGGGAAUGUGGAGGAGAAGGUGUGAUUGCUAUGCUCAUUGCCCAUUUGGUUUGCUUCCAUUGGAGUUUGGUGGUGUUUCUAAUUCUUGGGGAGGAUUGAGUGAUGGUGAAUUUCCUCAAGAUACUCCAUUUGUGAACUAUAUGGAUGGUGUUUCCAAUUUAAUUCUCCUCUCUGGUUGGUCUGAGUACUAUAAUCUUCGGCCAUUGCCAAUGUCGAGCCCGGUGGCAGCCAUACUUUCACACUCUUUGACGUUGUAUCACAUCCUCACUUCUCUUUGUAUUAGUUCGAAAAACCGGUUGAUCAAAGGGAAAGAAGUUGUAGUGCAUUAUCUUGGUCCUGAAGGUGAGUUGGAUUGGAUGCCUGCAUUCAGCGAGAUCGGUCAUUUGCUCAAUGGAGUAGGGAAUGUGCAGAUUGUGAUGAUCGGUCCUGAGGUUCCUAGUAAUUUAUCUGGAUCAGUUUCCGGGAUCAGUGGUAGGGUGCGAGUGAGUUUGGUGAGAGGCAUUUAUCAAGAACAAGCAUCUUAUCUAUCUUCAGCUCAUGUUGUUAUUGCAUUAAAUUGUAAAUUGGAGAGUUUUGGGAGCUGGGGAGGUGCUCUUGAGCUGAUUAAGUCAAUGAAUGUGCCUGCAUUCUUCACUGAUAAAUCCGAGAUCUCGUGUGCAAAUGCUAAGCAAGUUCUUCGGGGAGCCGGAUUGCAUAUCAGUCAUCCUGUAACUCCUAAUCCAUUCCGUUCACCUUUGCGCGAACAGGCAACUUCGAGCAAUCUACCUUCAUUCAGCAAUGGUUUUGUGUUUGGAGUGAAUGCAUGAGAAACAAUUGCACAUUGGAACUACUUUCUAUCUAUAUCUGGUAUGGUACUAUCCCUUAUGUUGCUCUAUGCUUACUCUUGAACAUAGAGUUUGGAUGUUGUUAGAAGUUGUUCUUGAUGUCUGUGUCUUUAGUUUGCCAUUGUUGUUCUGCUAUUUUUGUGAAUCAAUCCUACUUGUUGGAAAUUUGAAAUAAGAGCAAUUUAAUCAAA